ACACUCCAAUUAAUUCGCAUCAAAAUUUUCACUUUUUUUUUCAUCCAACCCGAUUUGACAUAUUACGUUUACCAUCGUCGAGUGUGUAAAACACAUUACCAUCCCUAACGAAUCCUCUUCGCGCUAUUCUCUUUCUCUUUUCCAACGUGUGCACGAGCACCUCAGUUUGCCGCACAAACCCGAGCACCGUUGUCUCUGAUGCCUCCGUAGAGUAACUUGUACACCCUCUUCCACUGGGUUCAGAUUGAUGAAUGAAUAUGACUGGUGAAGUAUAUUGUUACCUUUGGUGUUGUGUAGCCGUCGUGGAUGCUUGGCUUAUGACUAUCGAUAAUAGGUCAUUGCAGGUUAUGAGAGCUGAAAAUGCAUUUGGUGGUAUUAGAGUUUGUGUAGUAAGUGUUUGAAGUGGGUGAAGGAAUGGACUUGGUGGUACCACAUACAUAGUUUUGUUCAUAUUAACACUUCCUCUGAGAAAGAUAUAGCACUGGUUCUACAUUCAAUUUGGUGAGGGUAUAUAAUAUGGCCUGCAAAUUUCAGUUAUUUGGUCUGUCUGAUGGGGCUAUUGACUUUAGAAAACCUAAUGGGACUUGGAAUAGAAAACAUUUGGGCUUUAGCGUGUUUGUUUGUUCAAAAUAUGGACGUUCUGGUUUGAAAGGUAGUCUGCAACAUUCUGAAAGAUUUUCUAAAUGUGCUUUAAAUGGGGUGGAGUCCUCAGCAAGGGUCAAUAAUUCCCUGAAUUUUGAAGAGUCAGAGAUACGUCAUCUCCAUAGGUUGAUUAGAAAUGGGGAAUUGGAGGAAAGUUCUAAGUUUCUUGAGUAUUUGACUAAUAAGGGUAUGAUCCCUGAUGUCAUUGCUUGUACUGCUUUAAUCCGUGGGUUUUGCAAGAUUGGCAAGCCUAAGAAUGCAACUCGAAUCAUGGGAAUUCUGGAGGAGUCUGGAGCUGUUAUUGAUGUAACCUGUUACAAUGUUUUAAUCAGUAGUUAUUGCAAAUUAGGGAACACAGAAGAAGCCUUGUUGAUUUUGGAUCGCAUGAGUGUUGCUCCAAAUGCUGCUACAUAUGAUGCAAUUUUGUGUAGUUUGUGUGAUAAAGGGAAAUUGAAGCAAGCCAUGCAAGUACUUGACAGACAGAUGCAAAGCAAGUCUUACCCAGAUAUAGUUACGUGCACGGUAUUGAUUGAUGCAGCUUGUAAAGAAGGUGGAGUUGGUCAGGCAAUGAAACUGUUCAAUGAGAUGAGGAGGAAAGGAUGCAAACCUGAUGUGAUUACAUAUAAUGUUCUUAUAAAAGGGAUUUGUCAUGAAGGUAGGUUGGAUGAAGCAAUUAGAUUUUUGAACAAAUUGCCAUCCUAUGGUUGUCAGCCUGAUGUGAUUUCCCAUAAUAUUGUAUUGCGUAGUUUGUGUAGCAGUGGAAGAUGGAUGGAUGCUAUGAAACUAAUGGCUAACAUGCUUCGUAAAGGGUGUUUUCCCAGUGUUGUUACUUUCAAUAUCUUGAUCAAUUUCUUGUGCCAAAAAGGCUUACUGGAUAAAGCCCUUAAUGUCUUGGAGAUGAUGCCAAAGCAUGGUCAUACUCCGAAUUCCAGAAGUUACAAUCCAUUGAUUCAAAGGUUUUGUAAUGAAAAAGGUAUUGAUAGAGCAAUUGAGUACUUGGAAAUAAUGGUAUCCAGGGGUUGUUACCCAAAUAUAGUGACCUAUAAUAUUUUGCUAACUGCACUAUGCAAAGAUGGGAAGGCGGAUGAUGCAGUUGAGAUACUGAGGCAGCUAUGUUCCAAAGGGUGCUCUCCGUCUCUUGUUACAUACAAUACAGUGAUUGAUGGGCUUUUGAAGGUUGGAAAAACAGAGCGUGCCGUGGAACUCUUCGAAGAGAUGAACAAAAUAGGUCUUAAACCUGAUAUUAUUACUUACAAUAUAAUCAUCGACGGGCUUCUAAAGAUGGGGAAAGCCAAACUUGCUGUAGAGCUUUUGGAAGAGAUGUGCAGGAAGGGUCUUAAGCCCGAUCCAAUUACUUGCACUUCAGUAGUAGGAGGUCUAAGUCGUGAAGGAAAGGUUCACGAAGCUAUAAAUUUUUUCCAUUACAUGAAAAGGUUUGGAAUUAGACCAAAAGUCUUCAUUUACAACUCAAUUAUGAUGGCAUUAUGUAAAGCUCAGCAAACCAGUUGGGCCAUAGAUUUUCUGGCCGAUAUGGUGGCAAAAGGAUGUAAACCUACAGAAGCUACUUAUUCUAUUCUUGUAGAAGGCAUUAUUUAUGAAGGGUUGGCUGAGGAAGCUUCGGAGUUGUUGAAUGAAUUGCACACCAGAGGACUAGUCAAGAAAAGUUUGGUUGAAAAAGUAAGAGUUGAAAUAACGAUGGACUUGGUGAUACCCAAAAUACAGUUUUGCUCAUAUAAACGCUUCCACCGAGAAAGCUGUAGCAUUGGUUCUUCAUUCAAUUCGGUGAGAGUAUGUAAUAUGGUCUGCAAAUCUGAAUUAUUUGUUCUGCUUCGUGACAUUAGGGCUAUUGACAUUAGAAAACCUAAUGGCACUUGCUCUAGAAAGCAUUUGGGCAGUUGUUUGUUUGCUUUUUCCAAAUAUGAAAAUUGUGGUUUGAAAGGUAAUCUUCAACAAUUUGAAAGAUUCCCAAAAGGUGUUUUAAAUGGGAUGGAAUCCUACCCAGAUGCGGUCAAUUCCCUGAGUUUUGAGGAUUCUGAGAAUGUUCAUCUCCGCAUGUUGAUUAAAAAUGGGGAACUGGAAGAAGGUUCUAAGUUUCUUGAGUAUAUGACUAACAAAGGCAGUGUGCCUGAUGUCAUUGCUUGCACUACUUUAAUUCAUGAGUUUUGUAAGAUUGGCAGGACUAAGAAGGCAACUCGAAUAAUGGGAAUUCUAGACGAGUCUGCAGCAGCUAUCGAUGUAACAAUGUACAAUGUUCUGAUCGGUGGUUAUUGCAAAUCUGGGGAGAUAAAGGAAGCCUUGUGGGUUUUAGAUCGGAUGAGCGUUGCUCCAAAUGCUGAUACUUAUGAUACAAUUUUUCAUAGCUUGUGUAAUAGAAGGAAAUUGAAGCAAACCAGGGAAGUACCCGAUGUAGAGCUGCAAAGCAAGUGUUACCCAGAUGUAGUUACAUGCACUGAAUUGAUUGAUGCCAGCUGUAAAGAAAAUGGUGUUGGUCAGUCAAUGAAGCUGUUAAUUGAGAUGAUGAGCAAAGGAUGCAAGCCUAAUGUGGUUACAUACAAUGUUCUUAUCAAAGGGAUAUGCAAUGAAGGUAGGUUGGAUGAAGCAAUUAGAUUUUUAAACAGAUUGCCAUCCUAUGGUUGUAAUCCUGAUGUGAUUUCUCAUACUAUUAUCUUGCACAGCUUGUGUAGUGGUGGAAGAUGGAUGGAUGCUAUGAAACUAUUGGCUAGCAUGCUUCGUAAAGGGUGUUCCCCAAGUGUUGUUACUUUCAAUAUCUUGAUUAAAUUCUUUUGCCAGAAAGGAUUACUAGGUAAAGCCCUUAAUGUCUUGGAGAUGAUGCCAAAUCAUGGUUGUAAACCUAAUUCCAGAAGUUACAAUCCAUUGAUUGAAGGGUUUUGUAACGAGAAAAGUGUUGAUAGAGCAAUUGAGUACUUAGAAAUAAUGGUAUCCAGGGGAUGUUACCCAGAUAUAGUGACCUAUAACAUUUUGCUGACUGCAUUAUGCAAAGAUGGGAAGGUGGAUGAUGCUGUUGAGAUACUGAACCAACUAAGUUCCAAGGGAUGCCUUUCUUCUUUAAUCACUUAUAAUAUAGUGAUUGAUGGGCUUUUGACAGUUGGAAAAACAGAGCGUGCUGUGGAACUCUUUGAAGAGACGAGCAGAAAAGGUCUUGAACCUGAUAUAAUUACUUACAGUACAAUCAUUGAUGGGCUUUUAAAGGUGGGAAAAACUGAACAUGCUCUAGAACUCUUGGAAGAGGUGUGCAGUAAGGGUAUGAAGCCUAAUCUAAUUACUUUUACAUCCGUGGUAGGUGGGCUCAGUCGUAAAGGAAAGGUUCGUGAAGCAAUAACAGUUUUCAAUUAUCUGGAAGGAUUAGGUAUUACACCCAAUGCAUUCAUUUAUAACUCAAUAAUGCUGGGACUAUGUAAAACUCAGCAAACCAGCCGUGCCAUUGAUUUUCUUGCUUAUAUGGUAGCUAAUGGAUUUAAACCUACUGAGGCUACCUAUAAAAUUGUUCUAAAAGGCAUUACUUGUGAAGGAUUUCCUGAGGAGGCUUCCAAAUUGUGGAAUGAGUUGUACUCCAGAGGACUCGUAAAGAGAAGUUUGGUAGAAAAAAAAAAUAACAGUUAAGGUGCAGAAGAAAAUAUCAAUGACAACUGCAAAAUCAACACAUUAAUUUGUGUUGAUUGGGUUACUUGGCUACAUGGUUUGGUCGAUCCCUCUUGGGUUCUGGCAAUACCAAACUAUCAAUAAAAUCAACUGCGAAUUGUGAUACACAGAUAAAUACACACGAAGCAAUAUAUAAGUAAUAUACAAUGCACUACUAAAUAGUUCUUCCCAUUUAUGCACUUAGAUUUAGUUGUCCUUCUGUCUUAGUAGUGUCCUCUGCUCACUUGGUCCAGAUUAUAGAUUUUUAUGUUUUAUGGAGAGCAGAUAGUGAAUUUUAAGUAGAUUUUGUUGAGCACGAAAAAGACCAGGUCAAUUUGGUGACUGCCUCCUUCCCAAAAAACAAAACUUAAGCUUUCCCUUGUUCUAUACAAAAAACAAAAAACCUUGGAGCUCAAAUAUGAUUUGAUUGAAAUAAAAUUCUGACCUAUUUGUGUCUGCAAAUUAAGUUAUAUGGUCCACUCAGAUAUUCUACAUAUUAAUACCAUUCUGUUUUUUUUUUCUUUUUUUUUUUAAUUAUAACUUGUGUUCCAUCAAUUCUUUUCAUGGUUUGCCAAGGAACUUCUUAGGAUGAUGCUACCUCUGUUCUCUGUUUUUUUUAUCUCCCGCAACAAACGAGUAUGUCCAAGUUGGGAUGUAAAAGUUUAAAAGAACGAUUAAAAUUUCGUGUCACCAUUUAAAUAUGUCAUAUUUCUACUUUCUUAGAUCUCAGGUAAUUAGCAGUCUUGAAUAAGGAGCAGGCUGGUGUAGGAUGCUUGUUGGUAGAUAUGCUUUGUAUGUUAUCUGUAAUGCUACAUUGCUUCUGAUAUUGUCUAUCAUCGGUUGUAUCUUAGAUGUUUUGCUGCAUGUUUAUUACCUCAAAUAUGAGACGUGAUCCUUUUAUAGUGAGUAUUUUUUUUGAAGGCAAAUUCACCCUACCUACUGCUCUUGGUGAUAUCAUUGUUCUUCUCAUUUGAAGUGGAAAACGGGCUUGGUUGUGUAAGUAAAAGGACCUAGUUGUAUGCAAAUUGUGAAGACUGUAGGUUGCGACAUAGUUUUGAGUCACUCGAUGCAAUUUGUUGUAUGCUCACUUAAUCAAAGAUAUUAGAACAUAAUGGCCUGACCACUUUAAUAUCUGCAGUUGAAACCAAAUCAUUGUGUAAUAUUUGCUGCUUUGAAGAUUGCUAUGGGUUAUGUUAGAUUUUGCCAUGCAUGUCUUUGCUAGCAAAAUUGUAUUUCAUCGUGUCAAUCUAGAUAUUUGAUGUUUAUUACAAUUCAGUGCUGAUAAA